AUGCCCACAAAAUUCGUUUGGAAGAAAGACGUCCGAAAAUGGCAACCAAGGAAAAAAGGUUUCUCAAUUGGUCGGAUAUUUUAUGUUCCCCCAGCUACUGGCGAAAUAUUUUAUUUGAGGUGUCUAUUGAAUAAAAUAUGUGGGCCUACAAGUUUUGAAGAUAUCAGGACUGUAAAUGGUGUCAUGUAUGACUCAUUUCGAGACGCGUGUUAUGCAAGAGGUUUAGUUGAUGACGAUAACGAAUAUGUUGAUGCAGUUGAAGAAGCCAAUCAUUGGGCGUCAGCAGAUCAACUGAGGAAACUAUUUGUUACAUUGCUAAUGAGCAGUUGCAUGGGUAAACCUGAGACCGUUUGGUAUGCUGUGUGGCCACAUUUGUCAGAUGAUGCACAAUUCAAUAUCCGGAAACAAUUGCACAAUAGAGAUUUUGUGUUGAGCGAUUCGCAUAAAAUGAACUUUGCUUUAGUGGAGAUUGAAAAACUAUUAUCUAUUCAUGGAAAGAGUUUGAAGGACUAUCCUGAAAUGCCUGCUGCAAGCUGUACCGCAUUACAUAUUAUAUCGAACAGGUUUAUACAGGAGGAAUUAACAUACGACUGUUUGGAACAAGAGAAAGAGAACCUGGAGUUGGUAAGUCAAUUAACUGAUGAGCAAAAGGUCAUAUACAAUGAGGUGUUAACCGAUAUUGAUGGCCAGUUAGGAGGAGGCAGAACUGCACAUUCUCGAUUUGCCAUACCGAUUUCUAUUAAUGAAGAUUCAACCUGCAAUAUAAGUCACGGCAGUCAGCUGGCCGAGCUUAUUGUGCAAAGCAAGUUGAUCAUAUGGGAUGAAGCUCCAAUGAUGCACAAAUUUUGUUUUGAAGCCCUAGAUCGAACUAUGAGAGAUUUGAUGCAUUUCCAAAAUCCAAGGAGUUAUGACAUGACAUUUGGUGGUAAAACAGUGGUGCUAGGUGGAGAUUUCAGACAAAUUUUACCAGUCAUUCCGAAGGGUACUAGACAGGAUAUUGUCCGUGCUAGCAUUAGCUCCUCAUAUCUAUGGAAAUCCUGCAAAGUAUUGCGACUGACUAAGAAUCUACGACUAAGAAGUGUACAGUCAGAAAUCGAGUGUCGAGAGAUCAACGACUUUGCAAAAUGGAUAGCUAAUAUAGGUGAUGGAACGGUCGGUAUUCAUUUUGAUGGUGGGUCAGAUAUUACAAUUCCUGAACGUUUAUUGCUCGAGUGUGAGGAUGACCCUAUUGCCACAAUUGUUGAUAGCACCUUCCCGAAUUUUAGACAAGGGAUGGUUGAUCUGUCAUACCUCAAUGAUAGUGCAAUUUUGGCUCCAACAUUGGAUGUCGUAGAUAGCAUUAACGAAUACAUGAAUGACCAUAAUCCGGCUGAGGGAAAGACAUAUUUGAGUUGUGAUUCCGUUUGUAAAUCAGAUUCAAAUGUUGAUAUGUUAGCAGAUUUGCACACUCCAGAAUUCUUGAAUGGCCUUAGAUGUUCUGGAGUACCAAAUCAUGCUUUGAGAUUGAAAGUUGGGUCACCUGUUAUGCUUUUGAGAAAUAUUGAUCACACACUAGGAUUAUGCAACGGUACAAGGUUGAUUGUUACUAGGUUAGCUGAUCACGUGUUGGAAGGCAAGAUCAUGUGCGGUACAAAUGCUGGAACAAGACGGUUUCAAGAGUCAGUAGCCCAAGGGGUUUGA